UUAUUUAAUUUUUCCAGACGUAGAAUGACAUAACUAUUGCGUAUUAGAAGAGAGGGUUGAGAGAGAGCGUAAAAAUGCAAAGAUGGUUCGGAGGCACACAAAUUUAUCCAAACUUAGGAUUCAACUAAAGGAAAACUAAAAACAGGAUGGGAAAGGAUUAUUACAAGGUGCUGGGAAUCCAGAAGUCCGCUUCUGAGGAUGAAGUUAAGAAAGCUUAUCGGAAGAUGGCGCUUAAAUACCAUCCAGACAAGAAUAAGUCGCCUGGAGCAGAGGAAAAAUUUAAAGAGAUAGCUGAGGCUUAUGAGGUUUUGGCGGAUAAAAAGAAACGAGAUAUUUACGAUCAGUACGGAGAAGAGGGAUUAACAGGUAACAGCUGAUCUAGAUAAUCACAUGUCAACCUAUCAUCUAACUUUAAUUAUACCUUCCAUGGAGAUCCUAAAGCAACCUUUGCUCAAUUCUUCGGAUCCUCUAAUCCAUUCGAGAACUUCUUCAAUAUGCCGGGGAUGGGAGGACCCACACAAGCGGGAUUUUUCAACGACAACCUAGACGGAGUAGAUAAAGAUGAUCCGUUCGCUGGGAUAGGAGGCUUAGGCUCCGGGUUAGGAGGAGGGUUCGGACACGGGAGAACUCCUUUUAGAUCUCAGUCCUUUAACGUUGGAUCUGGUGGGGGUGGUGGUAGGAAGGAUAAACAACAGGAUCCUCCUGUAGAACACGAUCUAUAUGUUUCUUUAGAUGAUAUAUGCAAGGGUGUAACGAAGAGAAUGAAGAUAUCAAGACGAGUGGUUGCUAAUGAUGGAACUGCAAGGAAGGAGGAGAAGGUUCUAACCAUCAACGUGAAACCUGGUUGGAAAUCAGGAACUAAAAUCACCUUUCAGCGGGAAGGGGAUCAAGCUCCUAAUAAGAUCCCUGCUGAUAUAGUUUUUAUUAUCAGAGAUAAACCUCAUCCUCAUUUUAAACGGGAAGGAUCAGACCUUAAACAUACCUGUAAAGUUACGCUCAGAGAGGCUCUAUGCGGAGUACUGGUGGAUAUACCAACCCUAACUGCUGAGAAGAUUCCUAUAAACCUGGUUAAUGAGAUUAUUAAACCUAAUACCCUGAAACGGAUUCCAGGAUACGGAUUACCAUAUCCUAAGGAACCAAAUAAACGCGGAGAUAUUCUGGUUUCCUUUGAUAUACAGUUCCCUGACAAACUAUCUCAAAAUACUAAGGAUUUAAUGUUUGAAAUGCUACCUAACAAGUGAUAUUUUCUUCAGUUCCACGGUCUAUAUAAAUUAUAAAACCCUGAAAAUGGCAAGAAAUGCUGUUAUAGACUGCCGUGAAUAUCAGUGCUAUUCGUUCUAAAUAUAAUAUAUUCGAUGCUUAUUGUAAUAUUGUAAUAUGUUAAAUUAUAAAAAUAAUAUCUGAAUAUUUUU